CAGGCAACAGCAUGGUUCUUCUCAGGAGCCUCUUCAUCCUGCAAGUACUAGUACGGAUGGUGCUAACUUACAACUUUUCUAACUGUAACUUCGCAUCAAUUACGGAUAUAUAUUGUAACAUAAUUUUUCAUGACCUGACUGGAGAUUUGAAAGGGGCUAAGUUCGCCAAGUUCGAGCAAAUCGAGGACUGUGAGAGCAAGCCAGCUUGUCUCCUGAAAAUCGAGAACUAUACUCUCAAUCCUAUCCCUGGCUGCCCUUCACUCCCCGAGAAAAUAUUUGCCUGGAGAACAAGAGCUGCCCUCAUUGGCCACUGCCCAGGCUACCCUGAAACUGAGAGAAAUGACGGUACUCAGGAAAUGGCACAAGAAGUCCAAAACAUCUGCCUGAAUCAAACCUCACAAAUUCUAAGAUUGUGGUAUUCCUUCAUGCAAUCUCCAGAAUAAAAUUAGCUUUCAGCUUCUGCUAUGAAAAUCUCUAUCUUGGGUUUAGUGGACAUAAUACUAAGGGUGUGACACUUAGAAGAACACUGAUGUUUAUUCUUUAAUUACAGAAGGGGUUCUUAACUUAUGUUUUUGGCAUAUUGCUUUCUUCAGUAUAGGUGCUUUAAAUGGGAAAUGAGCAAUAGUCCGUGAAUGGAAAUAUCUGUACUGUUAAUGACCAGCUUCUGAGAAGUCUUUCUCACCUCCCCUGCACACACCUUACUCUAGGGCAAACCUAACUGUAGUAGGAAGAGAAUUGAAAGUAGAAAAAAAAAAUUAAAACCAAUGACAGCAUCUAAACCCUGUUUAAAAGGCAAGGAUUUUUCUACCUGUAAUGAUUCUUUUAACAUUCCUAUGUUAAGAUUUUACCAAAGAAGAAAACGACAGUUCAGGCAGUCACUGCCAUGAUGAGGUGGUCUGAAAGAAGCUUGUGGAAUCUGGGAGAAACUGCUGAGAUCAUAUUGUAAAUCCAGCUGUAAAAGGGUUUAGACCCAGGACAGUAGGAUUCACAAGCAGAUCUCAAGAGCCUUGCACAUCUACGAGAUAUAUAUUUAAAGUUGUAGAUAAUGAAUUUCUUAUUUAUUUUGUGAGCACUUUUGGAAAUAUACAUGCUACUUUGUAAUGAAUACAUUUCUGAAUAAAGUAAUUCUCAAGUUUG